AUGUCCACAUCCGAACCCCCCCAUCUCCCCGAUGGUCUAGAAGAGGGCGACCUUCUUGACGCAGAUGAUGCCGCCGAAGAAAUCGCUAAAGACGAUGACCAGCCGAUGGAUGAAGACUUCGAUGACCUUGACGAAGAGGAGGAGAUCCAGUUACAAAAUGACUCGGUCGCGCACUUUGAUGCUCAUACCGACAGCAUCUUCUGCAUAGCACAACACCCAACCAAACCGUCUAUCAUAAUCACCGGAGGCGGCGAUGAUGUGGCAUAUAUUUUCGACGCCUCCGUGCCGCAAGCAAUCUCCGCUCCAGGCGGUGAGCGGCAGAGCCUGGCGCCGCUACAGAAACUUGACGGACACACCGACUCCGUCAACGCCUCAACGUUCACACUGCCGCAAGGCAAGUACGUUGUGACGGCCGGCCUGGACGGAAAGUUACGGGCGUGGAAGAACGACGACGGGUCCGGGAAGAGAUGGACAUAUCUCGCAGAGGCGUCCGAGGUGCAGGAAAUCAACUGGGUGGCCGCGUCGCCCAAUCCCGAACACGAAAAUGUCGUUGCACUGGGUGCCAACGACGGCUCUGUCUGGGUGUAUCAGAUCAAUGCUGACGACCAGGGGAGCCCCUUGACUAUCGUCCAAGCGUACUACUUACACACUGCCUCCUGCACAGCGGGCGCGUGGACACCGGAUGGAAAUCUAUUGGCCACCGUAUCUGAAGAUGGGAGUUUAUACGUCUGGGACGUAUUUGUGACCGGCCAAGCAGUGGUGACCUGCACGGCCGGGGAUGCACGCUUCGAGGUCGAAGGUGGACUUUACAGCGUGGCGUGCACAUCGUCUCUUGUCGCCGUCGGCGGCGCAGGCGGCCAUAUCAGAGUAGUCGGUCUCCCCCAGCCGGCCGAUCAAUCAAAAAAGAACGCAAAGGGCGCGGGUGCGUCUCGGCAACCCGCCUCAUCUGCAGGCCAGCUCCUAGCCGCGUUACAGGCACAAGCCGACGGGGUCGAAACCCUCUCAUUCUCCUCACCCCCGCUCAACAUCCUGGCGGCAGGCAGCGUCGACGGUUCGAUAGCGUUGUUUGACACGGCUCACCGAUUUGCCCUUCGGCGACAUAUUAAAGAAGCGCACGAAGACUAUGCAGUGGUAAAGGUCGAUUUCGUGCGCAACCCACAGCGCGGAGGUUGGCUUCUGACCAGCGUAGGUAUGGACGGGGUCGUGAGACGGUGGGAUGUCCGCGGCGGAACGACUGCAGCGGGACAGGGAUUCUUACAAGAAUGGAGAGGGCACAGAGGCGAAGGCGAAGGCGGAGGCAUCUUGGGCUUUGUGCAAGGGGGUGGGGGUUCGAGGAUUGUCACGGCUGGCGACGAUGGCAUCGCACUGGUGUUUCAAGCAGACAUUGCUUGA